CUCUGCCCCGGCUGCGGGAGCGCGGUUCGGCUCUGCUCCCCUCCGCGGGAUUCCUGCGCCGCGUGUUUUGGCUGUGUAAGUAGCCAUUUCAAAGCUGCUCUCCUCGCACGCUCGGUUUCCAGGAGCUGCAUCCAGAGGCAGUGUAAGGAGCUGCUUAGUUUUGCCUCGGUGUCCCACCAGAAGCUGUAGCUGCACGUAGUCUGAGCCGAAUCCAGCAGUUUGUACGGGAGACGGAAAGACGUGGAUAACUCGCCUCACCAAGAAUGCGUGUUGCAAUUGUUCCUGCUUUGGGCCAGAUCCUUUGGUCUAACUAAGCACAGUGUGCAAAGCAUGAACCGUGUUUGGCGUUCGGUGUUUCUCUUCACGCUUUCCUGACUCUGGCUUUGUUACCAUCUCUCUAAUUCUACCAACACUGGAGCUGUUUGUGCUUAGUUGUCAGGCUACAGGGUAUGUGCUGUAGCAGAGGGUAAUUUUGAAAUACCUUUUCUUCUCCAGCUGUGGCUUUACAUUUUUGCAACUAUUGGUGUGUCCACACCUGUGUGUUUUAUAGCCCUUGACACACUUGACAUUAAUUAAUCCAAAUUAUUUUUUUCCAGAUGCUAGAUACAUGAACAGUUUAGAGAGGCUGACAGCAGUGAGUUAGUUCUACAGGUUACUAUGUUGUGUGCAAAAACUACUUCUUUUUGCUUUUUGUAAAUUUUCUGUCUGAUACUGUAUAGACCUUAUAAAAUGAAUUAUGCUUGGUCUCUGCACACUAUCUCUGUGCUAUUUCAGAGCUGUGUUCUUUCAUUAUCUGUCUACCUCAGCUAUUCUUUAUUUCAAGUUAAAGAAUUCUUAGCUUUUUUGUCAUCUUUCUUCUGUAUCUCUUGCCAGUGUAAUUUCUCUUUUCUGUAUCUUUUUUUUUUCAAUUUUUUUCUUUCUUUUUGAUCAAGGGAUCACCAAACUGAGCUUUUUUGCAAUAUUUCAGUACAACAUAAGGGCAUCAUGAUGCCUGCUAGCAGAGAUGACAGAUAAGUUGGUGCAUCAAUAUCGUGAAUAGCCAUCAAAAAUAAUAGAAAUAUUUGUAACUCCAUGUGUCACCUGUUGAUGAAUCAGUGUGAUUUAUUUUUUAAAUCAGAAACCAUUAUCUAAGGCACUAGUGGUUAGUAGCUCAAUACAAGGGUAUAAGGUUAUGGAUUAAAUAGUUGCCUGAUGGGCUCUUAAUAUUCUGUCAGUCUGCUGUGCAUGUUUUUCCUGUCUUCUGUGGCAAGAGCAGGAACUGAAAAUAGCCCAAAUCUGUCUGACUUUAUUGCUUUUUGUGGAACUGGCAAUGCACUCUUAGAAAAUUGAUCUACUGAGCUGUAGCUUGCCAACUCAGACCUCUUUCUGGUGCAAACUUAGUAGUAAUCUACUUGUUGAUGUGAUUUUCACCUAUUCAGUAUCAUCAGGGGUUUAAAAUGAAACUGGAUACUGCUGAAAUUCAUUAGACACCUGUAAUUCUUGAUGCUUUCUUUUCCAUCACCAGGGAACUCCAUUUCCAGGGAAUCUAGAGGGAGAAUGGAAUUAAGUAGACUAGGAGGAGAGACUGCAGCACUUUUCUUGUUGAAAGGCAAAGUGAGCAUUUUUAGCCAAGUUAGAAAUAUGAGGCCAGCUGCUGUGGAUUGUCAUAGGGAGUUCUUCAAAGUGAGUAUAGGUAGGAAAAAUGAAUUAUUUAUCAUAAUUGUGCCCUGACCAUAACUUUUCAAGUUUUAUUUAGGAGCAGGGCUAAUCCCAGGUCUUGCUGAUGAUGACUUUAACCUGAAACAGCUCCAUUGUAAUUGAAGGAGCAACUUUUGAUUCCUGACUAACUCUCAGAAACACUUGAAACUGUUGUAUAGUGCAGGAUUUCUGUCUUUCUGCAUUUCAUACAGCAGGUUCCUUCAGAGCUCCAGCAGAUUUAAUUGUAGAAAAUUAAUUAGGUUUCUCCCAGGUAGUGAUGAGUUUUAUGAUCUCAGUACAAAAUCUUUGGUUUUGCUGUAGAACAAACGGAGUAACUGUGCUAGGCAGAUGUGCAUUAAAUGAAGGCUGAAAAUAAAACAAAAAAGCAGUAUCAUCUUGAAGACUCGUAUUAGCCUCAGUGUCUGAUCCUGUGCAGACAGUGGCACCAGAGAAGCUGGGUUUCCACACUGCAGUCUCAGUUCUCUGUGAUGUGACAUCAGAUGUGUGAUAUUCAGACUGUUCACAGUGGCAGCUGUAGUAUAAACAGAGGUGAAGUGCUGGUCAGACACUUAGUGGUACUUGGGAUUUUCUUUUUUACUUUGAAAAUCAGGUUUAUCAUGUACAGUGAAGUGCAGUCAUUGCAGACAUUUCUGUGGGCUUUAAACUCUGUAUGAGAGAAGUAAGGUUUGAUGGCACUUUUUAAAGCACUUAAAACCCCCAAGGAACUCCAAAGCCAACCAUGCACAAGCGAUUUUAGCUGUAUCUCCUGUAGUGUUAUGUUAUCAUAACAGGCUUCAGGUUUGGAAGGUUGUUAUUUUUUGCAAGUAGGAAAAAAAGUAAAAGAAAACUUACUGUGUCAAACCAGCUUCUUAAAGAGUUUGGACCUUGAUAGUAGCCCUUUUGCCACAGAGUUGAUAGGGAAAGCAUUUUGUAGCUUUUAAUUGUGAAAUGCUUCCAGUGGUAACAGUGCUGGUUGAAGAACAGAUUCUAUGACAAGUCUUGUUCCCUUGAGUAGGCACAUAGACAGUUUAGUUAUUAGUUCUUUUGUUUUCAGACAGAAGCUCUACCUGAUCUAAAUGCAGUUUGGACCAUGACUUGGGUAAUUGUAAAGCUAAUUAAGUUAUGAAUAUAUGUGGUUCGAUAUGUGACCGACGAACAUGGUUGCAUUGUUAAUAUAUAGGAGGUUAAGUUGCUGUGUUUUGCAUUGAAAUAGCUUUGGUUUUGUUCAGGAUAGCUAGUACUUUACACUAGAUAAUUCUGAUCAUUUAUAUUAGAUUUUUAGGAAGAAUGCAUGGUUUAGUACUUUAUUUAGAAGAUUAAUUAGAGGGAUGCUAAGCAGAUAUAAGAUUGAUAAAAGAUUGAUUAACAGAAUGAUCUGAUGGACACUGAUUUUGCCUCAUAUCUUACUUUGUAUAAAGGGAGCAGAGCUGAAACCAUGUGCUUUAGUGUUGCCUGAUUAUUUUUUUUCUUUAUUUGAGUUUUUGUUCUUUGUGUUAGUGACAAUAACAGAUUCAAAAUCUGUAAUUUAAACCAACUCAGUUUUCUCCUCCUGGAAUGUUCUGUCCCACCCAUUUUUCUCUUGGGGACUUGAGUCUCAUGUCACACAUCAAAUUUUGUAACCCCUGCAGGGUUAUGGCAUUCCCAGAGAUGGGUCAGUGUUCAUAAUUUUGGUUGCUGUUAAACAGCACUUGUCAACACCGUGUACAGACAUCUGUUACAUAUUUUUUAAAUGGUGGUACCAAGUGUUAAAUGUGGGGCUUCUCCACAGGAACUGUUCUUGCACUAGGAAUGCAGAUGGGAUCACAGUCCUAUCCUUGUGAUGGCAAGUAGCCUUGUGGGCUGCUGAGGUGAUGGACAUGUGAGUUCCUGGAACGUGGGCUUCUGGUUUCAACGCUCCCAUUGGCUGCUCUGUGCUGCUCACCGAGUCCAUUGAAGUCUGGCUUUAUCUCUGAACUUGUUCCUUUAUCUCUGAACUAGGAUUUGUGUGUGAUUGGCAUUGUGCUGUACCACAGUGAAGAGGUAUUUUUCACUUCAAGAUACCUCGCAUUAAAAGAUCAUGGUAGACAGUUUAAUAGUUUCUUUAAGACUUCUCAGUUCCCUAGCAGUGCUGGGGUUUCAGUUUGUCAUCCCACAGCCUUCAAUUGAACACAGAAAGGUUCCGCAGAGGAUAGAAGAGCAAGGAGAUGCUCCUGAGGACAGCAGUGCCGGAGUGCCCGGCCUGUGGGGCAGCUGGGGCCCCUGGUCCGCCUGCUCGCGGAGCUGCAGUGGGGGGGUGAUGGAGCAGACGCGGCCCUGCCUCCCCGCCUAUUACCGGGAGCGCGGCUACCGCCGGCCGGGCCGGCACUUCCCGGCCUCGGACCGGGCUCUGGCUCACCAUAGCGCCCACCACGAGGAUUCGCUGUCUGCCUACCCCGGCCAUGUCAUCUCUGCCAUCCGCACCUCUGUGCCACUCCACAGAAACGAGGAGCAGCUUUGGGCCGGGCUCCGGGCCGCGGCCGCCCCCGGGGCGCGGAACAGCAGCCAGGGCGGCCGGGCGGCCCUGAGGGGCAGCCGGCACUCGCAGGGCCCGCGGCACAGCGCCACGCCGGACAAGAGAAGCAGAAAUAGAAAUCCUAUUGGUCCAGGAAAGUAUGGAUAUGGAAAAGUGCCGUACAUUUUACCUUUACAAACUGAUACUGGUCAGCAGCCUCAGAAGCUGCGGAGGCAGCGACAGUCGUCAAGGAACCACCUAUUCCACCAGAGUCCGAGUCUCAUGAACUCCUACAGCCAGGCAGCUGCUCCUUCACUGCAGCAUGGGAAUCUUUAUCAAGAACCAAGUGGGCCUCAGGCAGGACACCAAGUCCUGGGGCCCUCGGUUUAUCAGUCACCUUCGUUCCCUGUAUCUCAAAGUCUGUUCCAUGGCAGUGACUCCAACCCUCAUGGCCCUGCCUCCCACCAGGCCCUGCAGGGGCAGCCCCAGCCCCAAAGGGCUGCAGCCAUCGUGUGCAUUGGUGCCUACAAGCAGUAUAAACUCUGCAACACAAAUAUGUGUCCUGAAAGCAGCAGAAAUAUUAGAGAGGUACAAUGUGCAUCAUACAAUAACAAGCCAUUUAUGGGUCGAUUUUAUGAAUGGGAACCUUUUGCAGAAGUGAAGGGGAGUCAGAAGUGUGAGUUGAACUGCCGGGCCAUCGGCUACCGCUUCUACGUGCGCCAGGCGGAGACGGUGAUCGACGGCACCCCCUGCGACCCCAACGGGACCGCCAUCUGUGUGGCAGGGCAGUGCAAGAGCAUUGGCUGUGACGACUAUCUGGGUUCUGACAAGGUGAUUGACAAGUGUGGAAUAUGUGGAGGGGACAACACUGCUUGCAAGGUUGUGUCUGGAGUUUUCAAACACACGCUAACAAAUCUUGGCUACCACAAGAUAGUGGAAAUUCCUGAAGGAGCUACUAAAAUCAACAUUACUGAGAUGUCAAAGAGCAACAACUAUUUGGCCCUGCGGAGCCGCUCGGGACGCUCCAUCAUCAAUGGGAACUGGGCCAUCGAUCGCCCGGGCAGAUACGAAGGUGGUGGGACAAUGUUCACUUACAGACGCCCCAAUGAGAUCUCCAGCACUGCAGGGGAGUCAUUUUUAGCUGAUGGGCCAACAAAUGAAGUCCUUGAUGUCUAUAUGAUACAUCAGCAGCCUAACCCGGGUAUACAUUAUGAAUAUAUCAUUCCAGGAGACAAUGUCAUUAGUCCUCAGUUGCUUGCUCACAGGAGGCCAGGGGAGCCAUUGAAUGGUCAGUUAGGAAUGCCAGAAAGUGCAAGUCAUGAGGAUGAGGAUUUGCAUAGAGAGGCAGACAUUCUCACUGGACAGUCAGCUGGAACUUUUCCAGUUAUUCAGCCAGGAAGAUUUCCUUCUCAUCAGCCAGAAAACCAAGUGCCUGCUAUGCAACCACCAAGACAAAACCGAGAACACAACUGGAAGCAGGUUGGAAAAACUGAGUGCACUACUACAUGUGGGAAAGGAUCACAGUACCCGGUUUUCCACUGUGUCAACAGAAUCACUCACGAGGAGGUACCUGAGGGUUACUGUGACAGCAGCACCAAGCCCAUUCCAGAAGAGGAGGCCUGCAACCUCUUCCCAUGCCCAGCUUUCUGGGAUAUAGGGGAGUGGUCUGAGUGCAGCAAAACCUGUGGGCUCGGAAUGCAGCACCGCCAGAUCCUGUGCCGGCAGAUCUACGCCAACCGCACACUGACAGUGCAGCAGUACCGCUGCCAGCACCUGGAGAAACCUGACACAACCAGCACCUGCCAGCUCAAGAUCUGCAGCGAGUGGCAGAUCAGGACAGAGUGGACCUCAUGUUCAGUGCCUUGUGGAGUGGGGCAGAGGACUCGAGAUGUGAAGUGUGUCAGCAACCUUGGGGACAUUGUUGAUGAUGAGGAAUGUAACGUGAAGCUGCGGCCAAAUGAUAUCGAGAACUGCGACAUGGGCCCCUGUGCCAAGAGCUGGUUCCUCACAGAAUGGAGUGACAGGUGCUCUGCAGAGUGCGGGGACGGGAUCCGCACGCGCUCCGUGGUUUGCAUGACCAACCACGUCAGCAGUUUGCCUCUGGAAGGCUGUGGCAACAACAGACCCUCGGAAACAACUCCCUGUAAUAACGGGCCCUGCACUGGGAAAGUGGAGUGGUUUGCGGGGGGCUGGACACAGUGCUCUACUGAAUGUGGUAGUGGAACUCAACAGAGAGAAGUAAUUUGUGUUAGGAAAACUGAAGGUAAUUUUGAUGUUUUGAACCCCUAUGAAUGUUCACAUUUGGAAAAACCUCCCAGCCAGCAAUCCUGCUACCUCAAGCCAUGUGGAUCUAAGUGGUUUCAUACAGAAUGGAGCACAUGUUCCAAAUCCUGUGAAGGAGGAUUUCGGGUUCGGGAGGUGCGAUGUCUGUCAGAUGACAUGGCAGCCAGUACUCAGUGUGAUCCACAGCUCAAACCUGAAGAGAAGGAACCCUGUAAUACACAAGAUUGUGUCCCUGAAAUAGAUGAGAACUGCAAGGAUAAAUACUACAACUGUAAUGUGGUGGUCCAGGCCCGGCUCUGUGUGUACACCUAUUACAAAACAGCCUGUUGUGCAUCCUGUACCCGUGUGGCAAACAGACAGUUGGGGUUCCUGGGGCGUAGAUAACAAAUACUCCUCUGCUCAGAGCAGCAAUGGCACUCUUCACAUGGAGCUUGAACAGUGCUACUGCUUUGACUGCAGCAAUUGUAGCUUCUUAGAGAUGGGGUUUAUAUUGCUGAGUGCAUCAAGAGUAUGGUUAAAUCUCACACCCUUUCAGUUACAGUAAUUGUGCAGUUACCUCUUUUAAGAUGUUUGUUGUAAAAUCAUGACCUUUUUUAAGCAUUCAUUUUUAAUGAUACUGUGAUUUGCACCUGCUCAUCAGAUAAUUAUUUAAGGAACAUACUGGCCUUAAAAUCGUGAAAUUAAUGAAAACUAAAAUCAAUUGCAGGCAAUUACUGGAGAUAACUGACCAGUAUGGUUGCAGCUGCUCCAUUAUUUUCUGAGUGCUUACUUUUACUUGGUAUUUUGGACUGCCUUAAGUUAGAUGACUAAAUCAAUGAAACAUGUGCAUGAGAAAAAUGACUUCCCAAAGAACCAGACCCUUGAAAACUAUUUAUCAUCAGUUUCUUAGCACUCUUAACGUAUAUUUUUAACUACUUCAGUCCAUUCAUAAUAAAUCAGUCACUGUUAAGCUCUCUCAGUUGUACUUUUAGCUAACGUCCUGUCCUUAGGCAGCAAAUAUAUAUUGACUGCCAGAAGGUGCCUUUAUAUUUAAUUCAUAAACUCGUGAAGAUACACUUUUAUAAUUUUGUAUGGAUUUUAAAAUACAGUACCUACCAGAGUGACACUAGUGUCUAGCCCUUUAAGUCUUUAACAACUGCAGCUGUCAGUGAGACAGGUUAACCAGAAAGGUGAAGAGCCUUUGCUGGUAUAAAAAGUGAUUGUUUCCAUUGGUGAGGCCUCUUUUCUGUAGGGACUUAUUUCAGAACUGGGAUCUUGCCUAAUUCUUGUCUCUGCACUAUUGUUUAACAACUACCAAACCAAAGUACUUUGUCCAGACCUAGUCUGGAUAAGUCACCAGUUUCUGAAACAACCACCAAAGAAUAGAGGCGUGUGUGCCUUAUAGCAGUCUGUUACUCUUGGUAUCAGGCAGCAGUAUGAGUGUAGUAGCUGAGUAUCUGUAAAAAGGGGAUCUUAGCUAUUGACAUUCUUCAGGUUUUGAUCAGUUAUUAGAACAUACUUGUCUUUUUUUUACUCAAGUUUCAUUGCACAGAUCUAUUCAUACCACUCCUUUUCUAUUACUCAAGAAUGGCUGCAGACUUAGAGCUGAAUUUAAGUGGUGAUUUUUCAUUUCUGCAAUGUACUCAGCCUUGAGACUUGCUAAAAUCAAAUAGUAUACUAUGCAGUGCAGAUGAGAUUUUGCAUUAUCUGCAUGUUCUCUAGCCUUUACUUGAGAGGUCUUUCAAAUGUGUAAAUAAGGCUGAGGGGAAAAAAAUAAACACCUCUGCUUAUUCAGCUGUUUAUUACAGCAUAUUGCUUGUAAAUGCCCAUCUAUGCAUCUGUUCCUAAGGUGCCAAGUUGUAAAACAGCUGUAAUAAUCUAUGUUCAGUCACUCUCAGAGAUGUGGUUUAGGUAUCCUGCUACUGAUGCAGAGCCAGGUUUGAGCCUCAUUGUGUAUCCUUUUCUUCUUGCUACUUUGAUGGAGAUGAUGUGGCAAGGGAAUGGAGUGCUGUGAGGCGAAGGUUGCUGGGUGUGGUACCAGUCACAUCAGUUUGUGUGCUGAGAGCCACAGGAAGGUGGAAUUCCUGUACUCUAAAAGUUGCAUUGAGAUAAACUUUUGACUGUUUUGAUUCAGUCACUCUUGGAAAAUAUAUUUUUGGACAUGAUGAACUGCUACUGUUUGGCUACAUGAAAUGAAGAAGUGUUUCCCCUAAAUUUGAAGGUCUUCUUUGUGACUCUAAAUUGUCAUAUGUCAGCCAAUAAUGUCAUUGGCUGUUUCUGUACACCUUGACUCGGGCCUUUUCACUGUAAAUAAUAGAUAUAAAGUUGUUAGAAAAUCUAAUUAGGAAACUUCUAAUUCAAGUUCAUUAAUCUUUCACAGUCCUCCUGUUCCCUUGUAUUACAAAGAUUUAUCCAUGAAGAUAACUUACAGUUUUGUUAUCAUAUUAUAUUCCUUAGAUUCUUGACCAAAGAAUGAUAUGGAUAAAGUGCAGUGUAAACAGCUCUGGAAUCCAGUACUUCUGAAUACAGAUUUUCAUCUGUGUAUCUCAUUGCAGCAAAUCUUGACAUACAUUAUAUAAUUUUUGCUGUUGUCUCUUUCGUCCCAAGGAAGUGUUUCCUGUCAGCUUGAGGGAAAUACCUGUUCCAUAAAAAGGCUUCCUGAAAACCCCAAGGCAAAUGAGAUGCAGAGAGAAUCAGGUUUGCAGUCAUAGAACAAAUUCUUCUUACACACACUUUGGCUGUGAGACCAUCAGUGACUCAGCACAUAGACAGAUCCUCCUAUUUUAUAAAAUCUGUUAUUUUGCUCUGGAAUAUAUGGCCAUUAGCUUAUUUUACAAAGAUGAUCAUCUUGUAGGUUCUGUUAAGCUGCCACUGAAGUAAACAGUGUGACAGCUAUCAAAUAGUAUAUAUAUACACGUAACAGUAUAACUCUGUAUUACAGCUAAUGUAUACAUCUUUGUGAAUUGAAUGUAGUGAGCUAUGGUUAUACAAAUUGUACUUUGUAAGUAAAGAGAAAUUUUUCAGAUAUACCAGAUUAAAAAAUACAGUUUUACCUAAUUAAACAUCUAAAGGUAAGGAAAGUGCCAGAAUGCUGCUGAACUUAAUCAUUUAUCAUCUCUUCUCGUGUGCCAGCAUUAUUAAAAUAGUUGUUCCUGCAAAAUAAAGAGCCCUUUUCAUCAGCACUUUGAUACACUAAUAUUGUCUGCACAAAGUAGGUGCUGUGCUAAGAUUUCACCAUCUCACAAAGCAUAGUUUUGAAAUUGGGCCUAUAGCGUUUGUUCUAAUGGAGCAGUGCCCCAGCUUACUAUGAUGCCUGCAGAGGAUCUGACUUUACUUUCUGGAAGCCAAAGGUGGCCUUAAUGAAUGUAGUAGACUUAGAGUAGAUACAACACCAGUAUAAGUAAGAAAUUGUGCAUACUAUCAAUUGCAAAUAUCAAUUAUGCAGACUUCUGAUUUUUAAUGUUUUCUUUUUCUGACAUUGUAACAUCAGUCAAAAUCGUGCAGGAUAGUGGAAAAAAAUGCUUCCUUGCCUUGAAGGUGCUUUACACAAUCCAGGAAGACCAGAAUAAGUUAGAUACUUUAUUGAAAGAGUCCAGCUGCUUACGGGGUAAAAUCUGCAUAAAAGUUUCAUGUCUUACAGACAUGUGGCUGGCCAAAUCAGCUUCAUCCAGAGCAGGCUCUGUGUCUCAAAGCACUUUCCUUUUGGAAUGGAGGAUUCCUGGUGCAGUUGUAUAUCAACUUACCAAGGGCCUGUCAGAGUUUGCUACUGCCUGUGCAAUGUCACCUUCAAGCAUAUGUAGGUAGAAUUCCUUGUGUGCCCCAAAUGCAUGCCAAGUUUGAGAGACCGAAUUCAUGGAAUCCUCCCUUCCUCUCACAGAGGAUGAUGUGGAAGCAUGAGGGUUGCCCCUGUCAUGAAGGAGUGACCCUGUGAAUGUGUCUGACUUAGCCAGCAAUGAGACAGAGUUAGUGUUUGUUUCGGUGUCUCUGACCUUCAGCCCCAGGGCUCUGGAGAGGGAAGGGCUUGUUGGGAGGCAGGGCAGUGCUGGGGAGUGCAGUGCAAACUUGGGUGUGCUGCAAGCCUGCCAGCCUUGAAUCCACCCCUACUGGAUGGCCACGGGCUCAGUGCAGGACCACCUCAGAACCCCUGUACAGGGAACUGGUGUCUUCCUCAUUACUCACAUAAACGUCUCUUUUUUUCCCCCAAUACUUCAGCAAAUGGAGAACUUUCUGUAUGAAUAAAGCAAUGUCUAACAUUAAUGUUAUUGCUUAGAUCCCAGUUUUGUGGCAAUAUGGUGCAGUUUUAUACCAGUCAUAUAGUCUAUAAUCCUAGAAAGUGCCAGUGGUCACCACUGAGGGAGGAAGGAGGGAGGUGCUCAAACAGCCUAUGGCUCAUAUAGGGGAGGUUAUGUCUUGCUGAAGAAAACGCUUCGCUCCUCUCUUUGUGGUGUGCACCACUGCAAGAAGUAAAAUGUGCGUUUUAGGGCUUUGCUUUUCCCCAUCCUCAUCCUGACCUAUCCCUUUUACACCCACACCAAGGCUUCUCCUCUCCUUCUUACCUUGUUUUCAUCCCUUUAUCCUUUGGAUGACAGUAUUAAAUUUUGCCAGAAUUACUGAAAAUCCUGAACUGGCCUUUGGUUUAUAAGAAUCUGUGUUAGAAAUAAGCCCAACUGUUAAGAGAAGAGUGUUUCUGCCAGCCCCUGGAUUUUUGUGUCUGUGCAUAUCCAUGUUGGCUAGUUUUAAAUGCACAGUAGCAAAGGACACAGUGAAUUAAUUCCUGUGAUUGCACAGCUGUUGACGUCUGUAGUGGCCCUUUAUUCUAACAUGUAACAUCUAUUGAAGAAAAAGAGUUAUGGUCCUCACAAAGGACAAGCUGUGUGUUUACCUGGUUUUCUUGAGACUUAGUGUCUCUUAAGAGCUGUUCUUUGUAUUGGACAGAUAAUUUGUGUGCAUGCCUGUAACUGGAACACAAAACAUGAAAUAUUGAACAUGAAGGUAAACUUUAUUUCUGAACUUACAGAAUGUUUGUGGGAGAUGAAAUUAGGCAUUCUUUAGAAAACAGAGUAAAAUAAUUAUUUCUAUGUCAGAAAUGAAAAAUCAUCCACUAAACAUUUUCAAAAUAUUUUAAAGCAACUUAUAAUCAUUAUAAUACUUCAGUGUGGGCAAAAUUCAGACCUGGUGAAAGGGAGAAAAUUCCAUUUAAGAGAAUUCAUAGCAGACCUGAAUUUGGCUCUGUGCUUCUCAGCUUUUAAUAACCAGAAGUUCAGAAGAGUAAGUUCCCAAUUUUAUAUAUCCCUAUGUAGUGUAAUUGGAUACAGAUAAGUACCAUCAUACCUGGAGAGGAGGGGAGCUUAAUUCUGAUGAAUCAUUGACCUUUCAGCAACAGUCAUUGCUGCUUGUCCUGACCUGUUUUUCCAUGCUGUUUGGGUCUCCUGAGACCAGUGGCCUUGGCAGGGGUUGGGUACAUACGAGCUUGUGAAGUCCCAUCAUAGUCACUCACGAUCUACAGAGAGGAUCAGGAAGGACAGGAAAAGAAAGAAAAGAAAAGAAACUCUCAACCUUUUUUAAUAUGUAUAAAAUUGUCUACUUGACCCUCAUAAUUGAUUUUGGCAGAAGGAUAUACUUUAUUAUAACUUAUUUUGUUGUUAUUUGUAAAUACAAGAUGUCUAUGGGAAAUAUGUAAUUCUGAGCUGUGUCUGUGGAACAAGCCACUGCAUCAAAAUAUUUCAAAUAUUUAGAAUAGGCAGAUAUUUUAAUUAAAAGGGACCUAAUAGGUAUUUAUUUACAUAUACCAUUCAAAUUUUGUCCAGCUUUUUCAUUAUACUAACCCAUCUUUUUAGGGAAUUUUAUAGCACAGUUAUUACAUAUAUAUUUUUGUAUAUAUGUCAUACUGUAAAUCCAUAAUACAAUUUUCUAAACUUUCUGAUUAGCCAGUUCCUUGAGUGAAUUAAAGGGGGAGAGUAUAAUUGCUUUCUGACUCGUUCAGGAAUAUGUAUCCCUGGCAAUGUACCUGAACCAGAACUGUACAGCAUCCUUUUCAUAUUGUAUACAUUUUCUCUUUGAUGAAAAAAAUGUUAACUAUUUUUGUUUAUGACUAAUUUAUUUUUUAUUAUUGUGAAAAAUAAAGUAACUCAAGAUUAAUUUAUGUGA